UGGGUCGGUAAAAACAGCAAGGGAAGUUCCAGCCCAUGUUUGGAAAUGUUUACUCUGGGGCGCUGUCUGUCAAGCAGAAACCUCUAGAUUGUGCUCUUGGGACCACCUAGUGCACCGUUAGGUGUCCAUUGGAAUUUAUACUCGAGAGAGAUCAUUAUACUGACUAACUAUGGCUCAAGCGAAAAUCCACCAGGCUAAAAUGACUGAAGCCGCUAAAGGCAAAUUCAGCAGAUCAAUGUCUAUGGCAGAUCGCUCCGGACGACUACUUGAAAGUUUGGACCAGCUGGAAAUAAGGGUGGAGGCUUUACGCGAAACCGCAACUUCAAUGGAACAGGAGAGAGAGUGCUUACUUGAUAUGAUCCAGUCCAUAAAGAAUAGUGAAGAAAUGCGCAGUAUUUGUGACGGAGAGAGAGAGGAACUAUCUUUAACUGCUAACCGUCUUCUGGGUAGGACGCUGACAGUUGAAAUAUCAGUGGAAAUCAUAAGAAAUGCCACACAGGAGGAUGCGUUACGCAAGGCUACCUCUUUGAUUGAUGAGCUUGCUGCAAAGUUGCUUGACGACAUGGAUGGUGCCAGAAAGUGCCUAAUGGCACUGCACGCUGCCUGUGUGACCGAGGCACCACCGGUUCCUAUCGAUACAAAAUUCCAGACGAUCGUCAUCACCUGCGCCCUAGAAGAUCAGAAAAAAAUCAAGAGGAGGCUCGAAACUCUGAUAAGGAACGUGGAUAAUGCUGAGAAGAAUAUCAAGAUAAUGGAUCAUCAGAAAGUGGAUGACUUAAACAGUGCUAAUGGCAAAUGAAGUCACUCAUUCUGAUUAAACUCCCCUAAUAGCCCUAAUCAAUAGAAAGUAAUAAUACAUUGGGAGACCAAACUCCUCAUUACCAUACUAUUACUUCCCAUAAUUACUAAAAUAUAUCAUCUGCCUGUCUUCCUGUCAUGGCAUAAGGCAUGUGCAUAUCAAUCAGUUGCCUUGAACAUUUGAACAGUCCUUAUGACUACCACUGUAUACAUGACUGUAAGUCGCUUUGGAUAAAAGCGUCUGCUAAAUGGCAUAUUAUAUAUUAUUAUAUUAUACAACUACCCCUAAUGUCACAUUCAAACCCUGUCAUAAUAAAUAUUGCAUAUAAAAAGUAUUGCACUCCUUAACAACA